AUGAGAGUCAAAUACGUUGACCCAUCCCUCUCCCAAACUGCCAGUUCCAACGAUCCAUCGUCCGACGAAAACCACGGCUUCAUAAUCCUCUCAUACACGCCGACCCCUUCCAACGAAACUACGCGCGCGGUGACUGCUAUCCUAGACAUGAUGUUUUCACCAGUCGAAACGCUCUCGACCGCGUUACAACCACUCGCACUCACGCUGAAUGCAACAGAAUUCGUACGCGCAUUCGAACGAGAGUACGCCCGAACACAUUUGCCGUUGGCACACGGGGCGUUUGAAGUCAUCCCUGCGACUUCAACAUCCGUUACCACUGUCGUCGAGGGUUCUGCAAUUCCUAUUGCCGGACUACUCGUCUACAUUGCGCUACUGAUUCUAUUCGGCCUGUUUGCCCUCCUUCAGGGUGGCUUGGCGAUGGGAGUCAGCAAGAUGGCAGUGUGGAAGCCAAAAGUCAGUAAGGGUGAUAAUGAGAAGAGGAAGAAAGACGGACAUUGGACGAGCAUUGCACAACUCGCUGCUGAGCGACUCACAAGCAGCUGUGCACUCGUCUACGAGGCCUUUGAGCGUCGUAGGCGUUCAAGGGAGGAAGCCUGCUCGCACUCAGUGCAGAGUGCAGGAAUCGAAAUGUUCGCCGAGGGUACGCGCGGCGAAGAACGAGAUACGGAAGGGAGGGUGGUAUUCGAUAUUGAACAACGAGGCGUUUAUGUUCUCGGUUAG